GGGGGCGCUAGACUCCCCUGAAGGUGGGUUUGCUAUCUUGCCAGCGGAGUGUGAAAGCCAGUUCAGCUCCUGAACCCCACAAUUGUUCAACAGGAUUUUGGGGCCUGACCGGUUUCAGAAGACAGAAUCUGGACGACUAGGACAUUUUCUUUCGGCACUCAUAUGACAGCGGCACCAGCAUUGUGUCUGGUUUAAGCAGGCGAGCUCUUCAAACCCAGGCCACGGGCAAGUAUGAAGCCUGAACACAGAACGAUAGCCACAAGACAGUGGACCAGGAUGCCAUGGCCUACCACACUAGGUCUACAGCCAAGAAGAAGAGGACGUCUCUGAGGAGGAUGAGCACACCAUCCUUCCAGAAGCGGAGGAGGAGGAGACCUUCUCCCCAGGCCCUGGGGACAUUGUGGGCUGCAGAAUUUCUCACGGAUGGAAGGAAGGUGAUGCGCCUGUCACCCAAUGGAAGGCCAUCCUUCUAGAUCAACUGCCAACAAAUCCCUCUCUCUAUCUGUUCAAGUAUGAUGGAAUUGACUGUGUCUAUUUACUGGCACUUCACAGCGAUGAGAGGAUUUUAAAGCUUAAGGUCUUGCCUCACAAAGUAGUGUUUUCUCAAGUGAAAGACGCCCAUCUCGCUAGUGCCUGGUUGGCCGAGCUGUGGAGCAUAAAUUUAGGGCAAACAUGGCUCUAAGGACAACUGGAGGGGGGUGGUCCUAGCCCAGGUGCCGAUCAUGAAGGACUGGUUUUACAUCACCUAUGAGAAAGAUCCAGUCCUAUACAUCUACCAGCUCCUGGAUGAUUACACAGAAGGUAACCUCCGUAUCAUUCCAGUGAUUCCUCCAGCACACGUGAAGUCAGACUUUGACAGCGACAUUUUCACAGGUCAAUGUGUGCAGUUCACCAGAAGCGACUGGUCCAAAAAGAUCGGCAAAGUCAUUUACCAAGUUCCAGCCAAGCCUUCCGCGUACUUCAUCAAGUUUGAUGGUGACGUCAACAUCUACUUCUAUGAUCUGGUGGAAAAGAUCCGUUAAGGUGAAAUUCACAAAGUGUGGGGGACAUAGAUGGGGAAUUUAUAGGAUUGGGGGAAAAUGGUUGUUUUUCUGUGUUUCAGAUACCCAAGGGCCUUUGACAACUCCAGUAUCUUUUCCAGUGGAAUUUGUUUUUCCUCUAAAAAUUAAAAUGUGCGAUGU